AAUCAAAUUACUUUAUAAUUUUACACAAUGAGGGUUUUCCUUGUACUUUUCGGAUUAUUUGCAUCAGUGCUGGCUAGGCAUAAUAUAAUAACAGAUUAUCAUGAGAGUAUUGGUAUUCCAUUGGCGCAGAAAAUCAAACAAGCGGAGAGUGCAGUGGACUUCGACGGAUCUAGGAUUAUUGGAGGCACUCCUUCACUUCUAGGUGAACAUCCAUACGCUGGAGGUCUUAUUAUCAGUCUAAGCCUAUUCCGGGAUUCAGUGUGCGGUUGCUCCCUCCUUAGCAACACACGGAUAGUAACAGCGGCUCAUUGCUGGACCACCAGUAGCACUCAAGCCAGGCAGUUCACAGUAGUCCUAGGAACUCCACUCCUGUUCUCCGGAGGCACUCGCGUAGUUACCACAAAUGUGUUGCUCCACGAGGGCUACAACAAGAUCAAUCUGAACCACGAUAUUGCCAUUGCUGUCAUACCUAGUGUCUCUUAUACUGAUUACAUUCAACCGAUCGCACUGCCGACGGAUACCACUAAUAAUUACGUCGGAACGUGGGCUGUCGCCGUCGGCUAUGGAACCACUUCUGAUGCCCAAACAGGAAUCGGAUUCCUAAAAAUUCAUGGCUGA